AAUUUUUUUUUAUUUUAUUUUUUCAAGUAGAAUCUCCAGAUCAAAUAAUAUGAAAAGGGAUGAUGGAUUGUUUGUGCAUGCUAACUAUCAAUAAUAAUUAGAGAAAAUUAUAUCGAGCUAGUGCUUAAGAUACUAACUAGAUGAGGCCUACAUUUUUAUUUUAUUUUAUUUUUAUAUUUGUUAAAGAGAGCGUAAUUAUGGUUGCAGAACAGAACUUUGAAGGAAAACAAGGCGAAUAAUAACAAUAAAAAGUCAAAAUUCCACUGGGCUUCGUUUGGUAUUGUGUGUUAAACUCAAAUAAUCAAGUUAUUGUUUUUUAGUUCUUGAUAAUAAUUAUUUAAUAAAAGGGAUAAAAAGUUAAAAAGGGUUAAGUAAUAAUCAAUUAAAGCUAUUAGUAAUAUUUUUAUUAUUUUGGGUUGCCCCCCAAAAAAAAUAAAAUAAAAUAAAAUCAGAAGAGGCCUGUUUAUUCCCGAGAACCCAUGGGCGACUGCUAUAACUAACGUAUAACUAAGCCCGUUUAAGCUAAAAUUGGACCGGGCCCAAUAUACUAUUCUGGGGCUCGGAUGGGCCAAACCCGGCCCGGCUCGAGCCCUACUACUAUAAAUUCCCCUCUCUCUCUCUUUCUCACACUCCGUUUCCAUCGAUGGUCCCUUUUCUCUUCCUCCGCUCCUCCUCUCCUCCAUCCACCUCGAGCCCCUCUCUCUCGCUCCCAAACCCUAACCCUAGCAUCGUCGUCGUCGUCCUCCACCUACAAGGGCGGCAACUACUUGACCCUCACGGAUGAGGAGCUCGUGGCGCAGUGCGAGAUGGACACGUACAAGGCCUCGGGCCCCGGGGGACAACACCGCAACAAGCGCGAGUCCGCGGUGCGCCUCAAGCACCUCCCCACCGGCGUCGUCGCCCAGGCUGUGGAGGACCGGUCGCAGCAUAAGAAUCGGGUGUCAGCUCUGGCUCGUCUGCGGACAUUGUUGGCUCUUAAAGUCAGGAAUGCGGUAGACCUCAAUGGAUACACUCCUCCUCCUGAGCUUCUUCAGAUUCUUCCUGCAAAGUCUACUAUUCGAGGAUCAGAUGUAGGUCCUCAGAUUGGCCCAAAUAAUCCGAAGUUCGCAAUGGGAAUGCAGGCUUUAUUAGAUCUAAUAUAUGCUGUUGAAGGUUCUGUAUCAGAGGCAGCAAAUUUAUUAGGGCUAAGCACGGGUGCUCUGUCCAGAUUGAUUUUAUCCGACGACUCUCUCCGAAUGGCAGUAAAUGAACUGAGGGCUUCUAAGGGCAUGAGACCUCUAAAAUGAGUCUUAGAGACAGUGGGCCAGCAAGCACAAAAAAAUAGACUACUCUGGAAGAAGCUACAUGUAUGUCUCUGCCUCCCUUUUUUCUUUCGGCAAAGGAUUCAGUCACACUAAUUUGAUUGAAGAAUGAGGAGAACUUGAAGAGUAAGGGAACCUUGCACCCCAUAUCUUAUAUCAGAGAAACUAAUUACUGGGCCUAAAUUUUUAAUAUUUUUAGUUGGAAGAGUACUUAAUUGAGCCUUUAGCUGACUUGAUCAUGUUGAUGCUUUUACAAGGUGAAAAAUACUAAUGACUAAUAGAGGAGGGGCAAAGUAGCCUAUGUGGUAAUCUAGUUUUGUUGUAAUUAUGAUCCCUGUUAUGUUUUACAGUUCAUUUGUCACUGUAAUAUUACUCAUCUUGACAUUUGCAACAA